CUUUACACCAGCCAAAAGUACUCAGACCUUGUGAUAUCCUGCGGAGAGACUGAGUACCAUGUACAUAAGGCCAUUGUAUGCUCGCAGUCCGACUUUUUCGCUAAAGCUUGCGACGCAGGAUUCAGGGAAACACAAGAAGGCAGGAUUGAUCUUUCAGAUCAUGAUCCUCGGCUUGUCCAGAUAAUGGUACAUUAUCUGUACAAUUUCGAGUACGAUGCGCAGUCGCAACACGAGAGUAGCCCUUCCCCGGCGUCAGAAACAAGCGGGGAUGGAACCGUCACUAAGGAUACGCCCGAGAACCUCGUCACUCAUGCAAAGGUCUACGCUUUGGCAGAGAUGUACCUGAUCCCUGGACUUAAAGCCCUGGCUGUUCAAAAGUUCAAAGCAGAGAUAAAGGAUAUUUCCGCCUCAGUCUUCUGUGCUGUAGCGGUGGAGGUGUAUACGUCUACCAUCGAAUCUGAGGAGGGCCUGAGAGACAUUGUUGUGGAGACGCUUUCCCGGAAUAUGGGGUGGAUUGAGAAAGAGGAAGUACAAGAUCUACUUAAGAGUCACGGAACCUUGGGAUGUGCUCUUCUCCUGAAGAUACGGAUUUACUGGACUUGGGGUGCCUACUUAGUUGAGAGGCAUGCGGGCUAA